CCGUGCGCGUGCCGAAUGGUAAGAUAACUGAUAAGCUGUUGAAUACGGUUUAAACUUUAAACACAAGUUAUUAUAUAUUAUUAAUAUUUUGUACACCGUGUAUGUGUAAUACAAGAUACAACAAAAUACGUCCCACACAAUACGAACUAUGAAACACGUUCUAUAAUAGCCAAUGCCCAAUAGGGCAAAUACUAUUUAGUUUAAUAAUUUUGAUUACAAAUUUAUUAACACAAUUAUUUUGUAUCGAAUAUCGAUUUAAUUUAUUGAUAAUCAGUAAAUUGAGAAGAAAUGGAUACCGUUAAAGAAGAUAUUGCUACGAUUAUAAGAAAUAAAAUUGGUAUACCUAAGAAAAAGAAAGCAGUCAAAGAUACUAAUACCAAUACAACUACCGUUACUUCCAAAUCAUUAAGUGAUGCUGAUCAUUCAUCAAAAUCAAAGAAAAUAUUUCCAGGAUCAAAAUUAAAAAAAGAGAAAAAAUCUAAAGAGGCGGUACUUAAAGUAAAAAAAAUGGUACUGGAAGAAGUAACAGAAAAAACACAACUAGUCGCUAACAAUCCUAACUCCAAUGAACUUCGAAAAAAGGCGCAGACAAAUUUUAAAUGUUCUGUUUGUUCUAAAACAUUUAAGUUUCAAUCUUUAUUAUUGAGGCACAAUAGACAACAUAAUUACGAAAAACCAUUUGAAUGCAUAAUUUGUGCCAGCUUAUUUACACAAAAAACAUCUUUGGAUCAUCACUUAAAACUGCAUUCAGGAGAGAAAACUUUUGAAUGCAAAAUUUGUAAACUAACAUUUUCGAAAAAAUCAAACUUAAGAUCACAUGAAAAAACACAUACCAAUGAAAAACUUCUAGCAUGUAAUAUUUGUAACAAAUCGUUUAAGCAUUCGUUUACAUUGGUUAAUCACCGUAGGAUCCAUACCGGUGAAAAACCAUUUGAGUGUGAUGUGUGUUCAAAAUCAUUUGCAAAAAAAUACGGAUUGGAUGUACACUAUCGAAUUCAUACUGGUGAGAGACCAUACUUAUGUGGAAUUUGUAAGCUAUCAUUCCUUACCAACAGCGAUCUUAAGAGACAUACACAAAGAAACCACAAAACAUGAUUUUAACAUUGUGUCAGUUAAAAGCCAUUUUGUAUAUAUUCUUUAUUUGUUCAUACCAUAAUAUAUUAGAGAACUAUGUAAUAGAAUUGGUUCCGUAUAAUUUUAAAAGGAAUUAUAUAUUAUAUAUUAUGUCAAAUACUGAGUGUAAUGUUAUGUUAAACAUAAAAUAUGUCACUGUAUAAGGUUAGAUAAUAUUUUAUUCUUUAAAUAAAAAUGACAUUAAUAAUAAAUAAUAUACUUAGAAAAUUAUCCUAUAUAUUAUAUAAA